CUGAAAAUACCACGGAUGGCCGCCCCCACUGCUUCCAAGUUAUGUCUCAGGGGCUGGCCUCAUCAUUCUCGGUCCGCGAUGAGCGCUGCGCGGUGUUAUGCGGUUAUGCCAGGGCCUAAGCCCUUACCAUUAAUCGGAAACUCUUGGAGAUUCGCUUUAGGGUUAAAACCAUGGCGGACUGCAGCUUUAGAUGUGACACUGUGGACUUUGAAGGCGUUAGCCGGUGAUAAUGGUGCAGCGAAGGUAGCCAAGUUGUUUGGGCAUCCCGACCUGGUGUUUCCAUUCUGCGCUGAGGAAACUGCGAGGAUAUAUAGAAGGGAAGAUGCGAUGCCGCACCGAGCUGUAGCGCCAUGUUUGAAACAUUACAAACAAGAGUUGAGAAAGGACUACUUUGGCGACGAGCCUGGUCUGAUUGGAGUCCACGGCGAACCAUGGUCACGGUUCAGAUCCAAAGUGUCCAAAGCCUUAGCUGCUCCGGAGGCUGCACGAGCAACAGUCCCAGCAUUGGAUCAUGUCGCUGAAGAUUUUGUUAACAGGAUGGAAAACAUUGUAGAUGGCAAUCGCGAGCUUCCUGAGGACUUCCUCACAGAACUUUACAAAUGGGCGCUCGAGUCCGUAGGAGCGUGGGCCCUUGGGACCAGAUUAGGCUGUUUAAGCGACGACGACGCUGAAGCAAAGGAAAUCAUCAGAUGCAUACAUGGCUUCUUUCACAGCGUGCCAACCCUGGAACUAUCUGCUCCAUUGUGGCGAAUAUACUCCACAGACGCGUACAAGAUUUACAUUGAGGCGCUUGAUGCCUUCAGAUCGCUCUGUUUGAAAAGAUUGACUGAUAAAGGCAUAUGUGCCACCAUCGCUAAGAAUUCAGGGGAGAAAGUGGCUGCUAUAUUGGCUUUAGAUUUGAUGCUAGUGGGCGUGGACACGACCGCAGCAGCGGCUGCAAGUACCAUGUACUUGCUGGCGAUCAAUAAGCGAGCUCAGGAUAACUUGAAGCGAGAGCUGGAUAGCAAUCUCCCCUCACACAGAACACUUACAAGCAAAGACUUGGACAGACUGCCAUAUCUACGCGCCUGCAUAAAGGAGUCUUUGAGAAUUAAACCUGUAAUCUUGGGAAACGGGCGCUGUCUACAAUCGGACGCUGUCAUAUCAGGCUACGAAGUUCCUAAAGGGUCUCACGUGGUGUUCCCGCACUACAUCCUAUCGAACGAAGAGCGAUAUUUCCCGUCGCCCGAGGAGUUUGUACCAGAACGUUGGUUACGCGAUGAUAUCCCUGUUGAAGAUGGCUGCCCUGUGAAACAUGCAGCCGAGAAUUCGGAGCAUGGUACAAAUACCGACUAUGAUCUUAGCAGGGCGUCGGCUGUAUGGCGUAAGCAGAAGGAAGUGGGAAUACAUCCGUUUGCAUCGCUUCCUUUCGGCUUCGGUCGGCGAAUGUGCAUCGGGAAAAGAUUCGCUGAAGCCGAACUACAGCUUUUGUUGGCAAAGACAUUCCACCGAUAUAACGUAAAUUGGCGUUAUGGCGAGCUGACUUACAGCGUCACUCCAACAUACGUCCCCAACGAACCCCUAAAAUUUACUCUCCAGCCGAGGAAUAAGAAUUAAUCUUAAUUAUUUAUAAGUUUAGACUAUCUGAAUCAUUGGCCAAAGAAAAUUGAAAGAAUAAUAAUGUCGCAAUGUAUUGUAAUUAUGGAAAAUAUAAAAAUAUUUAAUAUAACUACGAGGCUAAGACGUUUAAAUAUCGUCAUUGUUAUGCAAACAAUCUUUUAUUUAAAUGUCGGAACAUACUUAACAUUUGCAUGUUACUAGAAUAUCUACCUAAGAACACGUGCAAUUUAACUGACUGCUAAGUUUUUUACUUAUCAAAUAAAGAGGGUGAAUGUUUCGCUACUAUCGUUUUUAAAAGGUC